CCCGCCGCUGAUUGGCUGCGCCGCCGGGCGGAAGUGAUGCUACUGUCACUGGCUCCCCGGGCUCCCGGGAAGCCGCGAGUUUCCGCAGGGAGGCGGCGGCGGCAGCUGCGGCCGGGCCGGUCUGCAGUCUGUGCUCGGAGCCAAUAUUCCUCAGUGAAAGUGAUGCCUUUUCUCCAUUUGCACAAAAUGAGCGUGAGGUGGUUAGCCAGACCAGGAGCUCAGCCUCACACAGAGUCCAGCCUACUGCUCUGAUGCCGAAGGGGAGGCAGAAAGUGCCACACUUGGAUGCCCCCCUGGGCCUCCCCGCCUGCCUCUGGCUGGAGUUGGCCGGGCUCUUCUUGCUGGUUCCCUGGGUCAUGGGCCUGGCAGGGACGCAUGGGCCCGGAGCGCAGGGCCCAGGGGGGCUAAGCUGGGCCGUGCACCUGGACAGCCUGGAAGGCGAGGGGCCAGAAGAGACCCUGGAGCAGAAGGCAGAUGCCCUGGCCCGGGCAGCGGGGCUGCUGAACGCUGGGCGCAUCGGGGAGCUCCAGGGGUACUACCUCCUCGUCCAGCCGGCCGGGCAGCAGCAGGAGCUGCCGGCGGAGGCCGUCCGGCGGCGGGCGGAGACUGUGUUAGCUGGGCACGAAGCUGUCCACUGGCACUCGGAGCAGAGGCUGCUCAAGCGGGCCAAGCGCAGCGUCCACUUCAAUGACCCCAAGUACCCGCAGCAGUGGCACCUGAAUAACCGGCGGAGCCCCGGCAGGGACAUCAACGUGACAGGUGUGUGGGAACGCAAUGUCACAGGGCGAGGGGUGACCGUGGUGGUGGUGGAUGACGGAGUGGAGCACACCAUCCAGGACAUCGCACCCAACUACAGCCCUGAGGGCAGCUAUGACCUCAACUCCAACGACCCUGACCCUAUGCCACACCCGGAUGUGGAGAAUGGCAACCACCACGGCACAAGGUGUGCGGGAGAGAUUGCCGCAGUGCCCAACAACAGCUUCUGUGCGGUCGGAGUGGCGUACGGGAGCCGCAUAGCAGGUAUCCGGGUACUGGACGGGCCCCUCACGGACAGCAUGGAGGCCGUGGCAUUCAACAAGCACUACCAGAUCAACGACAUCUACAGCUGCAGCUGGGGACCCGAUGAUGAUGGGAAGACAGUGGAUGGCCCCCAUCAGCUUGGAAAGGCUGCCUUGCAACAUGGGGUGAUUGCUGGCCGCCGGGGCUUUGGGAGCAUCUUUGUGGUGGCCAGCGGCAACGGGGGCCAGCACAACGACAACUGCAACUAUGAUGGCUAUGCCAACUCCAUCUACACCGUCACCAUAGGCGCUGUGGAUGAGGAGGGACGGAUGCCUUUCUAUGCCGAGGAGUGUGCCUCCAUGCUGGCGGUCACCUUCAGUGGUGGGGACAAGAUGCUCCGGAGCAUCGUGACCACUGACUGGGACCUUCAGAAGGGCACAGGCUGCACCGAGGGCCACACAGGGACCUCCGCCGCAGCGCCCCUGGCGGCGGGCAUGGUAGCCCUGAUGCUGCAGGUGCGGCCCUGCCUCACGUGGCGGGACGUCCAGCACAUCAUUGUCUUCACAGCCACCCAGUACGAGGACCGCCGCGCCGACUGGGUCACCAACGAGGCUGGCUUCAGCCACAGCCACCAGCACGGAUUUGGCCUGCUCAAUGCCUGGAGACUCGUUAACGCUGCCAAGAUCUGGACCUCUGUCCCUUACUUAGCUUCCUAUGUCAGCCCUGUGUUAAAAGAGAACAAGGCUAUCCCGCUGUCCCCCCACUCACUGGAGGUCCUGUGGAAUGGAGCUGAGCUCCAGCCAGACCUGUGGAGUUUUCUUUGACCAUUUUAGGACAUGUUGCUGCUUCUGACUUGGCUGGCCCCCUGGCUGCUUAAAUAAGACCUUUCUCCUGAGUUACUAGUAGUGGAAGGAACUGCUGAGCAACCGGUUAGAAGGGCAGGAGGCGGGGGAGGAGUGGCCCUGGGACUUGAGCAGACGAGGCAGGACUUGAACUACGCUGCUUUGACUCCCAUGCCAGGAACUUGCCAGGCAAUCCUCUUCAGCCCAGUGGCCUUUGGAUGAAGUAAAUGAAUCUCGUCCUUUGACUCUCUGGCUUGGGUGAUACAGAAGUCGGGUGGGGUGUUUCAGGGCGGGACAGGAGGAUGCGGAUGUCUCCCUGGGGCGCAGUUGUCUGUCUUCUGCCCCCGCCUCCAUCACACCCAGGGUCAGUGGGAUUGUGUGAAGUGCUUCGGGUCAGAGAUGGGGUUUGCGUCGAGCACCGAGGUCGGACCCUUUCCCAGAGAAGAGGGAAGCUGGAUGGGGAUGCUUGGGCCUCUGUCAGCAGAUUCCCCCGAGUUCCCGUGUGGGAGUUUCCCUACUCCCAGCUCUGAGGGGGGUUUUUCUUUUUUUUUUUUUCUCUUGAAGAAUUUUGCCAGGCAGAGUUAUUUGCUUAUUUUUUGUGAAGAUUGAAGCAUGCCAUGUUUUGGGCCCAAAUUAGAACUCCGUGCUCACUUACCCUGGUUUGCUCCUAGAAAGUGAUCAAACCAGAGCAAGAACAGAGGAGGAAUGGCCAAAGAAGGGAGCCCAGAAGGGAGGGGCAAGGACAGCUUCCCUCGGGUGGAGGUCUCCCUGAGAAGGGUUCUGUUGUCUCUCUCCCUAACCAUGGCCAGCACUUGCCCAGCUUCCCUCUACGUGGAAGGAAAUCCAUGGGCCCGGUUCAUCGCGUUUUCCGUAAAAGGAAUGCUAUCUUGGAAAGGGCAUCAGCCAAGGCAGAGAAGUGCAGGAACAUUCCUGGGAAUGCAGUUCAGUCGGAACCCCCGGGCUUUGCACUGAUGGGUCUUGGAGAUGGCGUGCCUUUUAACUGGGACCUCUCACCCAGGACUCCCCCUCUGUCCUUUAAGUAACAAAGUAAUGCAUAGGCGCACUUGUCAAAUGGGAGUUGACUUAGAAGAGGGUUGGGGGCCUUUCCAGCCUCAUCAUCCUCUGCUUCCCACUGACCAGGGAACAUUGCCCCAGCAUGUGACAGACCUUCCCAGCAACAGCUUGUUUGUCACUGGGAAGCACAAAAGCAAGGACACGUUGUCCUGCGCCGAGGAGAGUGGGAAAUGGGGUAGUGGGAAGAGAGGGUGAAGCAAAAGAAGGCGUAGGCCCCGAGUUUUCUAGUGUGGAGGGCAGGAGGCAGGACGGCUGUGAGUUUCUGAGCUCAGCAAAGGUGUCUUCCCCUCUGUUGGGACUCCGCUUAGCCCCCAAGCAGACAGGACGGAAAGUCCAAGCUUGUGGGCAUGCUCGGACGCCGAAGGGAGUCUAGUUAAUACAGAUACGCCCCUGUGACCAAGCUUUGGUCUCUUCUCCCAAGACCUGGGUGAAUCGGUGUCUGAGGGCCCAAAGUGAACUUUCUGUCAGGUGCAGGGAGCUGAACGUCGCUGAGAGAACAGAGGGGGUGCAGUACUGCUAAGACUCUAGAGCCGUGGUGUCCCGCAGAACUUUCCACAGCGAUGGAAAUGUUCUCUAUCUGUGCUGCUCAAUUCAGAGGCCACUGGCCGCAUGAGGCUAUUCAACACUUAAAAUGUGGCUAAUGUGAGUGAGGAGCUAAGUUUUAAUUGUAUUAGAUUUAAAUUUGAAUGAAUAACCACGCAUGGCCUGUGGCUGCCGGACUGGGCAGUGCAGUGCUGGGGCCAGAUAGGAUGAGGGCGAAACAGGGGUGGGGGCCCCUUGGUUCCUUUAGAUCUGACUCUGGGUCUGAAAUCUCCACCAGAGGGUAGGAGGGACAGUGGGGUUUGGGAGGAGCGUCUACAACACAAGAGAGUCUGCACGUAUUCAGGAAAUUUCCUGAAACCCCUUGCGCUUGCCCUUUCAUCCUGUUUGCAGCCUGAGGGUAACUGGCUAAGCCUCUGCGUAGGCAAGAGUCCUGUUCCUUCGCUUACACCUCCCCCGUCACCCACCGUCUCCGUCUCCACUGACUCUUCCUUCUGCCGUCACACAUCCUCGGGUCACCUACCGGGAAACAACUGAAAGUCCCUGGUGGCCUUUAACCCGGAACCCUUAAAAGUGAAUGAACUAAAGCUACUGCUCACUGUUAUCACCCCCUCUCUCUACCACUGAAGACUCGGUUCAUUGCUCACAGUGCCACGUUCCCUGGUCAGGCCCAGGGCCUAGUUCAGAGUUCACCCUUCUCGACCUUUCUGCGGCUCUGACCCUAUUCAUGGGGCCCUGGCAGCAGCCUCCACGACCUCCUCUGCUCCAGAGCCCUCUCCUGGCUUCUCCACCGAGGUCCUCGUGUCCUUUGUGAGCUCGGUCACCAUUCCCAGACCAGGAGUGCCUCUUCAGACUCCACCCUGGUUCUCUCUCCUCCCUUGCGUGUCUCCCUCCGUCGUGCAGUGGUUUUCACGACUUCAGCUACCACCUCUCCACAAGUGAUUCUUAGCUCACAGUCUCUUCCUCUGAUCCCUCACAGUGGGAGGGUUAGAGAUUAUCAUAGCUUCCGCAACAUCACGAGCAAAGGAAGCCCCAGGACCUUCUGGCCAAGGGGUGAGAGUCGAAAAAGACCGUGACUUACCAAAGGCCAAAUAAGAAUAUUAAGAUGAUCAUCAUCAAAAUGACUUGAAUGCUUUUUACAAACCAAGCACUAUUCUGAGUAUUCCUUCAUUUGAUGUGGUAUGUGAUUUGGCUCACUUGGUUCUAGCGGCCCCAUAUGCACGGUCACCUAAGUCUCUGUCCGCACCAGUAAGGGCAUGAGGCAUACCCCCUCACACAUCCUAACACAGACGAGCUCUCGCAGGGCUCUCUUUGGAUUCCAUUCUAUUCCAUAAUGUUCUGGAACGUGGCAUUGACUCUCCGUGAGCCCCUUGUCUGCCACGCUAAUGCUCUCCUCCAGCCAUGCCACCCGUAUCUCCCUGCAGCUUUCUAUGCCUACGCCACCGUGCGCUGUUGGGUCUCCCACCAACACGUGGCCCAUCACAUAUACAUUUCAGAUUUCAUUGUCACCCUUCAAAAGCCAGCUUGCUCUCCAGGUUUCUCCCAUUUUCCGUCAGAGCCAUUGCCAUUCCCUAGACUCACACGCUGGAAGCUCUGGGGUUGUCAGCCCCUCUGUGUCCCUUGCUUCUCCCCAGGUCUUCCCCUGUCCAUUCCCCUGCAAUGGAGUCUCUCACGUAUUUCUCUGAAAUGUCUCUCAAUUGAUUCACUCAUUCAUUCUGCUAAUGCGAGACCUACCUCAUUCCAGGCACUGUAUUAAGUUCUGGGGAUUCAGAGAUAAGACAGGAUUCCUGCCCUCAGAAGCUCACAGUCUGGUAGGCGGAAGGCAGCCCGUCUGCGGUAGAGAUGACACGGCUGUCAGAGAUGGCUCCCACCCAGGGAAGACAGGAGGGCUCUCGGAGAAGCUAGGGACUGACCUGAGCUGGGGGAAGAGGGGAGGAGAGGGACAUCCAGACAGCAGGGGCCACACAUGCAGAGUCGACAGAGCUUCGGGGAGCCUCGAGUCGUGUGGUAUGUCUGGGGCAGGGGUGUGAGGGGCAGGGCCAGAUAGAACUGCAGGGACCUGGCCUGGAAGUCUGUGUGUGCGGAGCCUUCGAGAUAAGUUGUCACCAGUUGCUGGUAGGGAAGGGUGAAGGAGAGCAGUCCCUUGUCUUUUAGAGCUGUAUACUCAGUCUCUGCUGAUAAGAUAACAGGGUGCCUGGGGAUGCCUUCACACCACUCUGGGAAGGGGAAGAAGUGGGGACCAUUGAUGAAACAAGAUUGGCCAUAUAUUGAUAAUUAUCGGAGUUAGGUGUUGAGAACAUCUGUUCCAUUUUUUAUAUAUGCCUGGAAUUUUCUGUAGUAAGAAUGUAUAUAUAAUAUGAAUGUAUAUAUAAAUAUAUAUGUGCAUUUAUAUUUUUUAAUAUGUAAAAAGAUUUCUAAGUUUUUGAGCUUGAGCAACUGUCUAGUUAGUAUUGUCAUCAAAUGAGAUGAAAAACCCAGGCCAAAGAACAGAUCUGGGCAAGGGCUGGGGAGUAUGAAGGACCAAGGCCUGGAAUUUGGCUCUGCUGUUUGCAGCUUCUUGGGGCAACAUCUAAAGGUUAUAUCCAGAAAGUGGUUGAUGAAAUAAGUUCAAAGGUCUAGACUGGUGGCAAUGAUUUGGCAGUCACCAGCAUAAAAAGAGAAGAAAAGGCCUGGGGAAGAGUGAGGUCCCCAGGGUUGGUGGGCUGACAAAGGAGAAAAGGAUAAAAGAGGACCCGGGACACAGACUACAUUAAAGGCGUGGACCAAGGAAAGCCGCUUCCGAAGGAAAACAGGAGCGAUGAGAUGGGCCGGUGGGGGUGGGGGGUAGGAGGAAGUCAGGAGGAGGGUAUCGUGGGAAUUUGGGGCUGUCUCAGUGAGAGAGGGCAAGGAGACAAGGACGGAAGGGGCGGCCCAGGGUUUGCCACACAGGCCCCUGGUGCCCUCGAGAACUGUUUCUGGGUGCUCACAGGGGCAAAAGCUCCAUCGUACCUGGUUGAAUAAUUCAUGGAGGCAGGAGAAGAUUUCUGGUUAAAGAUGGCAAAUUGUUAGGUUCUUUUAUUUCCUCUUUCUCCCAAAACCUCACCAAAAUAAGAAUAAAGGAAUAAAAAUUGUAUAAGCACAAGGACAAAGAGAAUGGGAGAGAGACCUCAGCAAAUGAGAGAUUUCUUCACAUUUUUGGAAGAUGAAAAAUGAAUGGAGAAGUGAGCAGGGCUGAGGAAAUUGCAUACCAAAUGCCUGCAAGGAUGAUACUAAGAAAUAAGCCCCUUCAUGCCACACAGUGCCAAUGGCCUCAGGACUUGGAAGUCCCAUGUGCUCCAGGAGACAGAGAUGAAGUAUGAGGUGGAAAAUAGGGAUUGGUGAAAAGAUAGAUGCCAGGGCACCUUCUCCCAUCCUUGGCAGCCAGGUGAUGUCCCUUCCCUAUGCCAAUGCCAGCAGGAGUUGGGAAGUUUAUUCUCCAGGGACAGGGAGUGUCCUGGGAGAGGGGGACCCUUCCCUCCAAGCCAGCUGCCCAGAUCCCAAGGCCCUGGCAGCCAGGAGAUCAGUGGCUCCUCUCUGGAGCAAUGGAAGGACCCCUCAUCGAAAGACUUGGAGAUAUGGAUAUGGAGGGCUUCUCCAUGAACCAGUCAGGUGCCAGGCCAACUAACUUUAGGGAAGCCUACCAGUAUAAAACUCCACCCAUGCUUAGAGCUUCCAACUGGCUCUAAGCUAAUAGGGAUCACUGGCAAUUGAGGGGAAAAAAUUUUUUUUUAAAUAUUUAUUUAUUUGACAGAGAGAGACAGCGAGAGAGGG